UGGGGGCUGCCCGAAACACACAACAAAUCAAUUAAAAAAGGCUGUGAAGAUGGCGCGUGCAUUACAAUAAACGCAAAAUUAAUGACAAAGAAAAAAAUAGAUAAUAAAAAAAAAGUAAAGAAAACACAACAACAAAUUGCACAAGAAACGCUCAAAUUAACUGACUGGGGGGGGGUUGUUGGUCGCAUAUAGCCGCAGCUAGCCAAUACUCAAACCCAAAUACCCAGCAUUAAACAAAGCCAAGCAGCAACAACAACAACAGCGAACGUCGCUACCCAGCAAUAACAACAACAAUAUAGUUCUGAACAGCCGUCGCUUGUUGUCUCGCUCACUCUCUUGCCUUCGCACGUCUGUGAUUUGGCGGGGGUGUUGGGCAGCGCGUGCUCAAACAAAAACAAAAAACAACAACAACAAGAACACCACAACAUAACAUUUCCGCAUUUUAAAUAUCAACAACAAGAAUUCUACAUAGAACACGUUUAGGCCGUGGCGCUGCCAUCGUGUGAACAACAACAGCAGCACCACCAUCAGAGGAGAGCGGCAACAAUAACAAUAAUAACAUAGCCAAGGACACGUACUUGAAACGUAUGUGCAGCACACACACACGCACACCAAAUGGAUGUCCUGGAACUGCUCCGUGCGAGCGCCAACGGCUGUUACAACACAUUAUUCUCCGAUGCCUGGUUUCAAUAUGUGUCCAAACAAAUCGCGACCACGAUGUACUGGUACGGCGCGCUGCUUGUUAUCGGCGUGCUGUUCAUCGCCUGGUUCCUGUACUUUAAGCGGCUGGCACGGCUGCGCCUGCGCGAUGAGAUCGCCCGAUCGCUGAGCGCCGUCACGUCGUCGUCGGGCGGCGAUCAUCGGGGCCUGCGGUUCCGCAAGCGGGACAAGAUGCUCUUCUAUGGCCGCCGGAUGCUGCGCAAAAUGAAGAACGUCAGCGGGCAGAUGUACAGCAGCGGCAAGGGCUAUAAACGGCGGGCGGUGAUGCGUUUCGCACGCCGCAUCCUGCAGCUGCAGCGCGAGAACAGGCCGCUGGAAAUGAAGACUGUGGAGCCGCCGGCCGAAUAUCUGGAGGAGACCAUCGAGGGCAGCGAUCGCGUGCCGCCGGAUGCACUCUAUAUGCUCCAGAGCAUACGCAUCUUUGGCCAUUUCGAGAAGCCCAUCUUUCUAAAGCUCUGCAAGCAUACACAGCUCCUCCAGCUGAUGGCCGGUGAUUACCUAUUCAAGAUCACCGAUCCCGAUGACAGCGUCUACAUUGUCCAGUCGGGCAUGAUCAAUGUCUACAUUUGCAAUGCCGACGGCAGCACCCUUUCCCUGAAAACGGUCCGCAAGGGCGAAUCUGUGACAUCGCUGCUCAGCUUCAUCGAUGUGCUCUCCGGCAAUUCCAGCUACUACAAGACGGUCACGGCCAAGGCCAUGGAGAAGUCUGUCGUCAUACGGCUGCCCAUGCAGGCCUUCGAGGAGGUGUUCGAGGAGAAUCCGGAUGUGAUGAUACGGGUAAUACAGGUGAUCAUGAUACGGCUGCAGCGUGUACUCUUCACGGCGCUGCGCAACUAUUUGGGUCUCAAUGCGGAGCUCGUACAGAACCAUAUGCGGACCAAGGGCAGCAGCGUCGUUCCAAAUACGGUCGGGGGCGCGGUGCUCGCCCAGGCGUCGCAGGCAUCCCGUCCGGCGGCACGAGCGCCAACAUCGCCGAAUUCACGUUUUUCGCGCGAGGAGCACACGCUCUCCGAUCCGGAUCCCAAUCCGAAUGCGAAUACCCUGCAAUUUGCCGAGGUGCACGGCGAUGCGCCGUACAUUGAUCUCUACCAUCAUCAGCAGCAGCAGCAGUCGAGCGCCGUCUCCGUCCACCAGGCGGGCACGCGACGCAGCUCGGCCACGUACGGACCGAGCGGUGAAUCGCCCAACGGCAAUGCCAACAAUGCGCCCGGCACAUCCAUCGAUCAGCGUCUGGUGCAGUCGUCCGCCGUGGAGAGUCUGCGCCGUGAGCUGGGCCUUAGCGAAGAUGAUGCCCAGAUCAUUGAGCCGUUUGUUGAGGUGCGCGAACUGGAGCCGAAUGUCACCCUCAUCACCGAGGGCAAUUCGGACGAUGUUUGCGUCUGGUUCGUGAUGACCGGCACCUUGGCCGUCUACCAGAGCAAUGCGGAUGCAACGCGUGCCACCAAGCAGGACAGCAAGCACGAUAUGCUUAUCCAUUUCGUGCAUCCCGGCGAAAUAGUCGGCGGCCUGGCGAUGCUCACCGGCGAGGCGAGCGCCUAUACCAUCCGUGCGCGAAGCAACAGUCGCGUGGCCUACAUACGGCGCGCCGCCAUCUAUCAGAUAAUGCGGCAGCGUCCCCGCAUCGUGCUCGAUCUGGGCAAUGGGGUGGUGCGUCGCCUGUCGCCGCUGGUGCGCCAAUGCGACUAUGCGCUGGACUGGAUAUUUCUGGAGUCGGGACGGGCCGUCUAUCGGCAGGACGAGAGCAGCGACAGCACAUAUAUUGUGCUGAGCGGACGCAUGCGUUCGGUUAUCACGCAUCCGGGCGGCAAAAAGGAAAUUAUCGGUGAAUACGGCAAGGGCGAUCUGGUCGGCAUUGUCGAAAUGAUAACGGAAACCUCACGGACCACAACCGUUAUGGCUGUGCGCGACUCGGAGCUGGCCAAGCUGCCGGAGGGCCUCUUCAAUGCGAUCAAAUUGCGCUAUCCGAUUGUGGUCACACGGCUGAUCAGUUUUCUCAGUCAUCGUUUUCUGGGUUCGAUGCAGACGCGCGGCAGCAAUGCAGCCGGCGGGCCCGUUGAGGCCAAUCCCGUAACGCACAAAUAUUCAACGGUUGCCCUCGUGCCGAUCACAGACGAUGUGCCCCUGACGCCCUUCACCUACGAGCUCUACCAUUCACUCUGUGCCAUUGGUCCUGUGCUGCGUCUGACAUCGGAGGUGGUGCGCAAGCAGCUGGGCAUUAACAUCUUUGAGGCGGCCAACGAGUACCGCCUGACCUCGUGGCUGGCCCAGCAGGAGGAUCGCAACAUAAUCACGCUGUACCAGUGCGAUAGCUCGCUGAGUCCCUGGACACAGCGCUGUAUGCGACAGGCGGACGUGGUGCUGAUUGUGGGCCUUGGCGAGCGCUCCCAUUUGGUUGGCAAGUUCGAGCGGGAGAUUGACAAACUGGCGAUGCGCACACAGAAGGAGCUGGUCCUGCUCUAUCCGGAGACCACAAACGCCAAGCCGGCGAACACGCUCAGCUGGCUAAAUGCACGUCCCUGGGUGACCAAGCAUCAUCAUGUGCUCUGCGUGAAGCGCAUCUUUACGCGCAAGAGCCAGUAUCGCAUUAACGAUCUCUAUAGUCGCGUGCUGCUCUCCGAGCCGAAUAUGCAUUCCGAUUUCUCGCGUCUCGCCCGCUGGCUAACUGGCAAUUCGAUUGGCCUUGUCUUGGGCGGCGGCGGUGCCCGUGGUGCUGCCCACAUUGGCAUGCUGAAGGCCAUCCAGGAGGCGGGCAUACCCAUUGACAUGGUGGGCGGCGUCAGCAUCGGUGCCCUCAUGGGCGCCCUCUGGUGCUCCGAACGCAACAUAACCACCGUCACGCAGAAGGCGCGCGAAUGGUCCAAAAAAAUGACAAAAUGGUUCCUUCAACUGCUGGACCUCACGUAUCCCAUAACAUCGAUGUUCUCCGGCCGUGAGUUCAACAAGACGAUACACGACACCUUCGGGGAUGUGAGCAUCGAGGAUCUGUGGAUACCGUAUUUUACGCUCACCACCGACAUAACCGCCAGUUGCCAUCGCAUUCACACCAACGGAUCUCUGUGGCGUUAUGUGCGCUCCUCAAUGUCACUCAGCGGCUAUAUGCCGCCGCUAUGCGAUCCACAAGAUGGACAUCUUCUGCUGGAUGGCGGCUAUGUAAAUAAUUUGCCAGGUCAUCUGUGGCGUUAUUGUCGCGCCAGCAUGUCCAUUGCCGGCGUCUUUCCCCCCUUCUGUGACUAUCGUGACGGGCACCUGCUGCUCGACGGAUGCUAUACGAACAAUGUGCCAGCUGAUGUUAUGCACAAUCUGGGCGCCGCGCACAUAAUUGCCAUUGAUGUCGGCUCACAGGACGACACGGAUCUGACCAACUAUGGCGACGAUCUGAGCGGCUGGUGGCUGCUUUAUAAGAAAUGGAAUCCCUUCACAUCGCCCGUCAAAGUGCCCGAUCUGCCGGACAUACAAUCUCGACUCGCCUACGUGUCCUGUGUUCGUCAGCUUGAGGAAGUGAAAAACUCGGACUAUUGCGAGUAUAUACGGCCACCUAUAGAUAAAUAUAAGACGCUCGCCUUUGGCAGCUUCGAUGAGAUACGCGACGUGGGCUAUGUUUUUGGCAAGAACUACUUCGAUAACAUGGCCAAGGCGGGCCGUUUGGGCCGCUUCAAUCAGUGGUUCAACAAGGAGCCGCCGAAGCGCGGCAACCACGCCUCCCUCAACGAAUACACGUUCAUCGAUCUGGCGCAGAUCGUCUGCAAGCUGCCGGAGACAUAUGCCCUAAAUACGGCCGAUAUAUUCAGCGAGGAUGAGGAUUUCGAUGGCUACAUUUCCGAGCCAACAACUCUAAAUAUGGAUCGACAUCGCAUACAAGUGCCUCGGGCGGGCAACUCGCUAUCCUUCUCAGAGACUGAAAUGGACUCCGAUGUGGAGAUCGACCUGGAGCUGGAGCGCAAGGCGGACAAGGCGACGCAAUCGACGCCGCCGACGCCAAACAAGAAGCAGGCACUGUCUCCGACCCCCAGCCAGGCGAACCUGUUGCCCGUGUUGCCCCCCAGCCACAAGACGAAGGAGAAGAAUCCCAGCUACGACAAACUGGACAGGGAGCACAAGCGUCGACAGAAGUCCAAGCAGAAACAGCCGGAAAGAUCCUCGAUGCAGCACAGGGACAGCAUGGUCACAUUGCAUCCGGCCACAAUGGCCGAGGCAACAACACAAACAGUGCUGCAUUCCAGCGAGGAGGAUGACGUCAAGCAGCUGCAGCAGGAGCCGAAGCCGGGGCCGAAGUCAGAAGAGCAGCAGAAGGAGCAGCAGGAUCAGCAGGAGCAGCAGCAGGGGAAUAUAACAAAAACGGAUACCAAAAACUAGAUAUAAAUGGAAGGGCAUCCGUCUGAGAUAAAUAUAUAUAUAUACAUAUAUACGAUAUAUAUUUUCAUAGCCGGAGUCGGAGCAGAAGCCGGAACCGGAACCGGAACCGGAACCUGAGCGGGAGUUGGAGCUGGAGCUGGAGCGGGUGGAGCAAACGGACCAUUCAACUGGCCAACAAAAUCUCCAUUAAUUAUGUAGUAAAUAAUGACAAUGAAAUCGUUAUCGUUUAGUUAAAUAAGUGUACAUCAUAUUUAGGCUUAGCUUUAGCUAAUCACACACACACACACACACACACACACACCCACUACACACACACGCACACGCACGCACACACACUUAAAUCCCUACCCACAAGAAAAGACA